UCUUGUUAGAGCGAAUCAUCUCAUACUUCAGCAAACAGAGUCGGGGAAGGACCUAUAUGGCCCAAUACAUUGUGCAACGGCUACGACAGCUAUAUAUUCAGUCCAUCCAGCACGCGUGCACCAGCGGCGACACCCAGGUCGGUCGAGUCUGUGUCGUCAAUCAUGAUAUGAAUAACUUAAAACUGGAAUGAAAUGGGCAUCGCUGUCGUGUCGUAUUCCGGGAGUGUUCGUCAUCAUGUUUGGGAGCUUCAGGAGUUCAGUAGGCCUCCUCGUACAUGCGGCGCAGGGGCACGCGGCGCAUCUUCAUGGGCAUAGGCAUCGUCGGCGCACCGGUUGGUACUUCUGUGGGCGACGCACCGGCGUCGGUGGACGCGGAGGAGCCACUGGCGUCGGUACCAGUCGCAGCGGCGGAGGAUGCGGAGCCGCUAGACGACGCAGAGUCGGUAGGCGUGGACGCAGAUGAAUCGGUUGCAGAGGCAGACGAAGACGCGUCCGACGUUGCAGCGGACGAUGCAGCAGAGCCGGUGGCAGAUGCCCCGGCAUCACUUGUGGCAGCGGACGACGCAGCGUCGGUGGGGGUAGCAGCGCUCGAGUCGGUGGCGCCGGACGAAGCAGCAGAGUCGGUGGCAGAGGGGUUUCCGGUCACGGACGAGGAUGAGGCAGAGUCUGUGGGAGUCGCAGAAGCGCCUGCAUCGGUGGACCCAGCCGAAGAACUUGAAGCAUCCGUCGAACCGGCGGCGCUCGAAGAGUCGGUGGGCGUAGCGGAGCCAGAAGCGUCACCGGUCGCAGCAGCAGACGCAGAGGAGUCAGUUGCGCUCGCGCUGGAGGAGGCGCCACCGGUCGCGCCCGCAGGGUCCGUGGGCGUUGCGGACACGUCGCCAGUUGCAGUCGCGGAGGAAGGGUCACUGCCACUCGCAGAUGCACCACCACUGGCACCGGUAGGGUCGGAGGAGCCAGUGGGUGUCACACCGGCACCACCCGUGGGCACGGAGCCAUCCGACGAGCCUGUCGCGCUCGGCGAGGAAGAGUCUGUUCCACUCGCCGAGGGGUCACCACCAGCACCAGCGGUGCUUGAGGGGUCAGUGGGAGUCGCACUCGCACCGUCAGCCGGCGUAGAGCCGGCAGAAGAGCCGUCUGUGCCAGACGAGCCAUCCGUGCCCGAAGGGGUGGGCACACUGCCCGGCGCACUAGAAUCAGUACCGGAGGCGCCGUCAGUGCUACCGGCAGGCGUCGCAGAGUCGGUGGGGGUCGCACCCGCACCGCCAGAGCCGUCGGGCGAGCCAGUGGGGGCUGCGCCGGCACCAUCACUACCAGAAGGCAUGUCGGUGGGUGCACUGCCCGGCGCGCCGGAAUCGGUACCAGUAGCACCGUCAGUGCUACCAGCGGCAGGCGCAGUAACAGUGACAAAGACAGUGGUCGUCACAGUCGGUUCCCCGGAGCCCGAGCCAGAGGUGGGGGUCGCGCCGUCGGUACCUGUGGGGGUAGCCCCGUCCGAAGAGCCACCCGAGGGACCGCCGGAAGGAGCAGCGCCAUCCGUCGAAGAACCGUCUGGAGGGGUAGCGCCGUCUCCACCGCUUGAGCUCGAGGCAUCGCCCGUAGACGUCGGUGUCGAGGCGCUAUCCGUGCCGGAUGCAGUGCCAGUGCCGCUUGACGAGCCCAUGCCACAGGCGUCGGUGGGGCCAGCGCUCGAGGCGGUGCUGCUGGCGUCACCGGAUGAUCCAGAGGAGGGGUCCGCGCCGCUGAGGGGAUCGCUCAUGCUUCCGUCAGAUGCCUGGCGGCGGUGCCAAGGUGCCUGGUGGGAUCCAGUCGCGCGCGGGACGAAGGCGGUCACGGAAGAAGUGGCAGCUACAGCAUUAGGGCGCACGAAAGGUGCGCGCUCAUUGAUGGGCGCAGCCAAGACCGAGGACUGGAUCGCCAGGAUCGCGACGAGGAGGAAAGCGAACGGGGACGUGAAGGGAGACAUGAUGAAGUUCGUCAAGAACAGUGGGGAACAGCGAUGCGACGUAGGAUCAGUGGAUGCCCAAAGGCGUAAAGAAAGUAGCCUGAAAGAAGAAAGCGAAUGAAGACCUGCAACAAAGAAAAACCAGAGGGCGAGGGCGCAGCUAUAUACCGCCACGGGCGGCGAGGAUGUGAAACAUACGAUCCCGGAACAGGUCCCGC